AUGUCCUCUUCCUGCAGAGACAAAUUACUCCGUAAACAAGUCUUUAUUCUUUUGUAUAAUCUUUUCUUUAAACUUUUCUUCCCCACCUCCCCCACCAGGCAAUACGCGCUUCGAGGUAACGUUUUUAUCAAUUUUGGUGCACCUAUUUUUAUCCAAGUCUCUUCUGAAAUUAUAGUAAUAUCAGAGCCCUGUGUCACUGAAGAUGUUAUAAAAUUGACAAUUCCUAGGGAAAUAGUUGCGACUGUUCAAGAUUAUUUUUUCUUAUUUUCUUUUUCUCUUUUUUCAUUUUGUCUUUUUUCUUUCUUUUUUCUUUUUCUUUUUCUCUUUUUUUCUUUCUCUUUUUCUUUUUCUCUUUUUUCUUUCUUUUUUCUUUUUCGCUUUUUUUUUUCUUUUUCGCUUUUUUUCUUUUUCUCCUUUUUCCCUCUUUUUUUCUUUUUCUCUUUUUCUAUUUCUCUUUUUCUCUUUUUUCUUUCUUUUUCUUUUGCUCUUUUUUACUUUUUCGCUUUUUCUCUCUUUUUCUUUUUUCUUUUUCUUUCUUUUUCUUUUUCUCUUUUUCUAUUUCUCUUUUUUCUUUCUUUUUUGUUUUUCUUUUUUCUCUAUUUCUCUUUUUCUCUUUUCCUUUUUCUCUUUUUUCUUUCUUUUUUCUUUUUCUCUUUUUCUCUUUUUCUAUUUCUCUUUCUUUCCUUUUCUCUUUUUCUUUUUUCUUUUUCUCUUUCUCUUUUCUUUUUUCUCUUUUUCUUUUUCUCUUCCUCUUUUUCUCUUUUUCUUUUUUCUAUUUCUCUUUUCUUUUUUUCUCUUUUUCUUUUUCUCUUUUUCUCUUUCUCUUUUUCUAUUUCUCUUUUUUAA